AUGGAGGAUGUGGAAGGGAGGCGUGUAGGGGAGGAGGGAGGGAAGGAGGCAGGGAAGGAAGGAGGGAAGGAGGGAGGGAAGGAAGGAGGGAAGGAGGGAGGGAAGGAGGAAGGGUUGCAGGAGCAUGGGGGGAUGGGAAUGAGAAGGGAGGGUGGCGGUAUGGUAAGGGAGGGUAUGAGGCUAGAAUGGGAUGAUGUGAAGGGGGUGUGGAGGCUUGGUGGUGGCUGGGGAGGAGGGGGGAGUGGAAAGAGGAGAGGGCGGUGGGGAGGAGGGGGGAGUGGAAAGAGGAGAGGGCGGUGGGAGGAGGGGGGAGUGGAAAGAGGAGAGGGCGAUGGGGAGGAGGGGGGAGUGGAAAGAGGAGAGGGCGGUGGGGAGGAGGGGGGAGUGGAAAGAGGAGAGGGCGGUGGGGAGGAGGAUGGGUUUAAAGAUGAAGCGAGAGAGGAGGGGAUUGUUGAAGAGGAGGGAAGUGCAGGGGUGAAGGGAGUUGCAGGAAAGGCGGAAGCUGUGAGGGAGGGAGGGGUGAGAGGGGGAGAGGAGGAUGGAUUGAUUGAAAGAGAGGGAAGGAGUGGCGAUAGUGAAGGUCAAGGGCUGGGAGGUGUGGAUGUAGUGGAGGGGAGAGAGCAGGGGGGAGUGGAGGGGGGAGGAGAGACGAGAGAGGAUGGGAGGGAGGAGGAGAGAGAGGAGGGGGGAGGGGAGAGGCGAGAGGAGGGGAGAGAGGAGCGGUUAGAGGAAGGGAGUGAUGGGAAAGAUGAAGAAGAGGAGGAGAGAUCCGAGAGGAUGCACCAGAGGAAAGGUGAAGGUGGAGAGGACAAGAAUGUUGGGGAGAAGGAGGGGAACGAGGAGAUGAAAGAGGUGAGGGAAGAGGAGGGAAAUGUGGAGAGGGAAGAGGAGGGGAAAGAGGAGAGGGAAGAGGAGAGGGAAGAGGAGGGGAAAGAGGAGAGGGAAGAGGAGGGGAAAGAGGAGAGGGAAGAGGAGGGGAAAGAGGAGAGGGGAGAGGAGGGGAAAGAGGAGAGUGAAGAGGAGAGGAAAGAGGAAGUUGGAGAAGAAGAGAAGGUGGGGGAGAAAGUGGAGGGAAAAGGGGAGAGGAAAGAGGAGAUUAAAGAGGAGAGUAGCACAGGAGAAGAGGAGAAGGAAGAGGAGAGGAAAGGGGAAGUUGGAGAAGAAGAGAAAGUGGGGGAGAAAAUGGAGGGGAAAGAGGAGAGAAAAGAGGCGAGGGAAGAGGAGAGGAAACGGGUGAUGAAAGAGGAGAAGAAAGAGGAGGAAGAGGAAGAGAUGGAAGAGGAGAUGGAAGAGGAGAUGGAAGUGGAGAGGAAGGAGGAGAGGUCAGAGGAGAAAGAAAUGGAAUUGAAAAAGGAGCGGGAGGAGGAAAUUAAAGAGGAGAGGAACGAGGAGAUGAAAGAGGAAUGGAAAGAGGAGAAGAAAGAAGAGAGGGAAGAGGUCAGGGAAGAGGAGGUGAAAGAGGGGAGGAAAAAGGAGAACGAAGAGGAGAGCAAAGAGGAGAAGAGAGAGGAGAGUGGGGCGAAGGCGGGGCAUUCUUGGGGGGGGGGGGAGGGGGAGGGGGUAGAUGAAGGGGAGGAGGAGGGAGAGGAAGGAGAGGAAGGGGAGGAGGGAGAGGAGGAUGAGGAGGGAGAGGAUGGAGAGGAAGGAGAUGAUAGGGAGGAGGGAGAGGAAGAAGAGGUGGGAGAGGAAGAAGAGGAGGGAGAGGAGGGAGAGGUAAGGGAGGAGGGAGAGGAGGGAUCAGAGGAGGAGGGAGGAGAAGAGGAGGGAGAGGGGAAUGGAGGAGAAGAGACAGAAGAUAUCCAGGCGGAGGGGGGAGAGGAAGGGGAGGAGGAAGGCGAGGAGGAAAACGAGGAGAAUCCGGAGAAGGAGGCUGAAGUGGAUGGGUCUGGAGGUGUGCAUGUGAGGGAAGUAGGGAGCUGGAUUCCUGAGUUGGAUAAUUCUGGUGAUGAUGGUGGUGAUGGUGAUGAUGGUGAUAACGGGGAUGAUGAUGAUGUGAAGGAGAUAGGUUUCAAAACGUUUCGGGGAGGCAGGGGCAGCGCACGCAGCAGGGGGCGGGCAGGAAAGGCAGCGCAAAUGAGACGAGGAGGAAGGAGAGGGGUUCAGGUGCGGGGCAAAGGGAAGGGAAAGCAGCAGAGGGGCACAAGGGGAGGGCAGGUGAAGUGGAGUAUGGAGGAGGAAGAAGAGGAGGAGGAUCAGGAGGGGGGAGGAGGAGGUUCAGGUGGAGAGGGGUUGGAGCUGGUGACAGGGCCGAACGGCACGCGAGAGGCCACCAUUCUGUACCUUGACUCGCUCCCUGAUACCUCCAAGUCGCCUGCCAUCUACAGCGCGAUCAAGUUCUAUCUGCAGGCAGAGUGGAUGAAGAGGAGCAAGGAGCCGUUGGAUCCCAAGAAACCGCUGCAAUCUGGGCCGUUCAGCAAAGUGCGGGGGAAGAAAGUCAAGGUGCCAGCACAGGACAACGACUAUGACUGUGGCUGUUUCAUCCUCUGCUACAUCCAGAAGUUCGCUCAGAUGGCCGCUGCUCUCCCACGCUCGGCUGAUGGCGUUGCAGACAAGCUCUUCUCCAUUGUGGCAGGCAGGCAUGCUGCUGCCCCACCAACCGCCCUCCUUCCCUUCCCCACACCCCUUCCCUGCACCACCAGCUGUGCGGCGACUGGUUCCAACCAAGCGUGUGAAGCAUCAUCACUCCACACUUGUUUACAAGGUGCUUGCUUGCAUUCCGUGCUCAUUCUCUCUCUCUCCCUGCCACUCCCUGUCCUCCUCACUACUACCUCCCUGCACCACCAGCUGAGCAACGACUGGGUUGAAGCGUGUGAAGCAUCCUCUCUGCGCCGGCGCCUCUUCUCCAUUGUGGCUCUGCCCACAUGCAACCUCCCCCCAUAUCCCUUUCCCUCCACCAAACCCCGCCACCUCCCGCCACCAGCUGAGCAACGACUGGCAGUCUGGAGCGAGAUGAUUCUCGAGCCGAUACGCAAGACGACACCCAAGGCGACACUCAAGGUGACACCCGAUGCGGCCGCAGAGGGGGCGGUGUGUGAAGCGCUUGUUGUGUUUGGCAAGGAGCCCUGGUCCGCGUGGCCCUGGCGUGCUUCUGAGCUAUCGACUUGCCAUGACGCUCACCCUUUGUUGCACUGGCCUGCAACACCAGUGGCUUCUGAUGGGCCUGCUGGUGGUGCUGCCGCUGGUGGUGGUGAUGGUGUUUCUGAUGGUUGUGUUAUGGGGGCAUCGGAUGUGCAACAAAGGGCGUCGGAGGAUGGUGUUGGGGUUUUGACAGGUGUAGAGAGAGGUGCUGAUGGGUUGGCGGGCGAAGCGGUGGAUGUGAAGGAGAGAAAUGGAGUGGUGGGGGUUGAUAGAGUGGGCGUGGAGGGGGAAGAAGUGGUGGGAAAGGAGGGAGAGGGAGAAGGGCCAGAAGGGGAAAGACAGCGAGGGGGGAAGAAGCGGAAGAGAGUGAAACGCAGUGCCGGUUGGGGUGGGAGAAAAAGAGUUCGGAGGGGUGUGAAGGGGCAAGAUGGGGAGGGGAAGACGAAGCAGGCUGAGGGGGGGGAGAGGAGGAGGGAGGAUGAUGAGGAGGAGGGGAAAGAGGAGGAUGGGGGGGAGAGGAGUAGAGAUAGGGAUAGGGAGGAAAGGAGGAGUGACGAGAGGGUUCGGGACGAGAUGGACAGGGUGGAGAGGGGUAGGGAUGGGAGGGGUAAAUGGGUGCUGAUAAGGCUUGCAGCAUCAGAAGAGGUGAUCCGAGUGGAAAAAGGAGGGGUAGAUGAGGAGGGAGAGGUGGAGGUUGGUGGGAUGGGGGAUGAGCACCAGGAGGGGCUGAUAGGGGCUGGGGAAGAGGGAGAGGAGGAGCGUGGAGUGGACGUAGAGAGAGGUGAGGAGGGAGGUGUGGAGGGAGGUGUGGAGGGAGGUGUGGAGGGAGGCUCGGUCCCGGAGCAGCUGCUCAGCUUCGGCUCUGGCGAACCUGAGUUGGAUCGGUUGGUCAGGUUUGGGUUCUCAAGAGCACCACAGGGGCAGCGGAGACGGCUGGCCGGGUUUGCUGAGCUGUUAUGGUGGAAUGGAGGGAGCAGUGGUGCUGAGGCGAUGGAGGAAGGAGGAGAGGAGAUAGCAACAAAGAAGCGGGGGGCGAAGGAUGAACAGGAGGAGGAUGAUGGUGCGAAGAAAGAAGCGGAAGGAAGUAGUGCGGACAAGAGUAAAAUGGAAGAGAGUGGCUUUGUGGGGGUGUGCGGAGAAUCCGCUGGUUGGGAAAGGGAGGUUGAAAUCAAAGCUGUGAAGGAGGAGGGCUGCAAAGGCAGGCUUGAGCAUGUGCGUGGGGAUGGGGAUGAGAAUGUGGAUGGGAAUGGGAAUGUGGAAGAGCAUAUGGCUGGCUACGAGAUUGGACCUUUGGAUGAGUGUGAGAUGGAGGGGAGGGAGGGAGAAGAGGUGGAGAGAGAAGAGGUUGAGAAGCAAGAAGGGGAGUUGGAGAGAGAAGAGAUGGAGACGCAAGAAGGGGAGGGGGAGGGGGAAGAGGUGGAGAGGCAAGAAGGGGAGGGGGAGGGAGAAGAGGUGGAGAAGCAAGAAGGGGAGGGGGAGGGAGAAGAGGUGGAGAAGCAAGAAGGGGAGGGGGAGGGAGAAGAGGUGGUGAAGCAAGACGGGGAGGGGGAGGGAGAAGAGGUGGUGACGCAAGAAGGGGAGGGGGGGGAGGGAGAAGAGGUGGUGAAGCAAGAAGGGGAGGGGGAGGGAGAAGAGGUGGUGAAGCAAGAAGGGGAGGGGGAGGGAGAAGAGGUGGUGAAGCAAGAAGGGGAGGGGGAGGGAGAAGAGGUGGUGAAGCAAGAAGGGGAGGGGGAGGGAGAAGAGGUGGUGACGCAAGAAGGGGAGGGGGAGGGAGAAGAGGUGGUGAAGCAAGAAGGGGAGGGGGAGGGAGAAGAGGUGGUGACGUCAGAGGGUGGCAGGACGCAAGAAGAGAAGCAAGACGAGGAGGCACGGGAAGAGAAGGAUGAGAGAGGAGAAGUGAUGGAAAAUCAAGGGAGAGCUGCAGCUGGUAACAGGGAAUGGACGAGUUGGGUGGACGAGAUCAGUGAAGAGGGUGAGGAGGGAAAGGAGGUGAUUGAAGGGGAUGAGGAGGGCAAGGGGGUUAGUGAAAGGGGUGAGGAGGGCAAGGAGAUGAACACAGAAGGUGAGGAGGAAAUGGAGGUGAAUGAAGGGGGUGAGGAGGAAAAGGAGUUGAAUGAAGGGGGUGAGGAGGAAAAGGAGUUGAAUGAAGGGGGUGAGGAGGAAAAGGAGUUGAAUGAAAGGGAGGGUGAAGCAGUGGGGGGAGCAGUGGAGGAAGCAGUGGAGGAGGAAUAUGGUGAUGGGGGAGAAGGAGAGGGCGUGCAUGUAGUGGGUGAAGCAGAGGGCGAAUCAAAGGGGGAAUUUGAGGGGGAAGCAUUAGAGGAAGCAGUGGAGGAAGCAGUGAAGGAAGAAGGUGGUCAGGGGGGAGAAGGAGAGGGCGUGCAUGUGGUGAGCGAACCAGAGGGGGAAGCAGUGGAGGAAGGGAGAGAGGUUGAGGGGGGAGCAGAAUUGGAGGAAGAAGAAGGUGAGGGGGAAGAAGGGGAGGACGUGCAUCUGGUGGGUGAAGCAGAGGGGGAAGCAGUGGGGGAAGCAGUGGAGGAAGCAGUGGAGGAAGAAGAAGGUGAGGGGGGAGAAGGAGAGGGCAUGCACGUUGUGAGCGAACCAGAGGGCGAACCGAAGGGGGGAGCAGUGGAGGAAGCAGUGGAGGAAUCAAAGGGGGAAGCAGUGGAGGAAGCAGUGGGGGAAGCAGGGGAGGAAGCAGUGGGAAGGAAGAGAAGGCGGCUCGAUCAGAGUGCUGGUAUUAAUUUUGAUAGUGCCGGUUCACCAGUCAAACCUGGCGCUGCUGUUUAUGGUUCGGAAACUAGUCCUGAUGACCAUGCGCGUCAUGACGGUAGGCUUGCCGCUGCUCUUACGGAAAGUCACAUUGUGACUGAAGAAGGGGUGACAGAAGUGAAGGCCGAGACCCCUUCUGUGACUGCAAACUCUGAACCCGUCGCCGUGACUGUAAAGGAUGAGAAGGACGAGCCUGCUGCUGUGACUGUAAAGGAUGAGCUUUCCGAGCCUGCUACUGUGGCUGCGGUCCUUGAACCCUCCGCUGUGACUGUAAAGAAUGAGAAUUCCGAGCCUGCCGCUGUGACUGCAGGCUGUGACCCCACUGAUGUGACUGUAGAGGGUGAAAAGGAUGAGCCGCCUGCUGUGACUGUACAGAGUGUGACUGUGACUAUACAGAGUGUGAUGGAUGAGGCCGAUGAGAAGGAUGGAAGGGAUGAGAAGGACCAGCUGCCUGUGAUGACUGCAGGCGUUGAACCGGCCACUGUGACUGUAAGGGAUGAGCUGCCUGCUGUGACUGAAAAGGAUGAGCCAGCUGCCGUGACUGUAGAGAGUGUGAUGGAUGAGGCCAAUGAGAGGGAUGAGCCGCUUGCUGUGACUGCAGCCCUUGAACCGUCCACUGUGACUGUAAGGGAUGUGAAGGACGAGCCUGCUGCUGUGACUGUAAGGGAUGGAAAGGACAAGCCUGCUGCAGUGACUGUAAGGGAUGAGACGGAUGAGCCUCCUGCAGUGACUGCAAGCUCUGAACCUGCCUCUGUGACUGUACGGGAAGCGACGGAGGGUCUGCCUGCUGUGACUGAAACGGAUGUGCCACCUGAUGUGACUGUAGAGGAUGUGAAGGCUGAGACCAUUGAGAAAGGCGAGCCUCCCGCUGUGUUUGCGAACUGUGACCGCACUGCUGUGACUGUAGAGGGUGAAAAGGAUGAGGCAGCUGCUGUGACUGUAGAGGGUGAAAAGGAUGAGGCCUAUGAGAAGGAUGAGAAGGAUGCGAAGGAUGAGAAGGAUGCGAAGGAUGAGCCACCUGCUGUGACAGAUGAGCGUCCUGCUGUGACUGUAAAGGGUGAACCUCCUGCACUGUCUCUAAAGUUUGCACCCUCCCCUGUGGUUGUAAAGGACGAAGCUGCUGCUGACGCCGAUAACACAGCUCCACUACCUGCCGCGCGUUGCCGGCCACUUGCCGGGCGGCGCACUGUGGCCCAUGGGGUCAUUGUCAGACCGGGCGGCUCAGCAACCCAGAAGGAGCAUCGCAGCACUCUUUUGAGUCGACUCAAAAGUCAACGCACCGUGGCACAUGGGGUCAUAAUCAGACCGGGCGGUUCAGCAACCCAGAAGGAGCAUCGGAACAUGCUAACCACCGUGGCCCAUGGGCUCAUAAUCAAAUCGGGUGGCUCUGCAACCCAGAAGGAGCAUCGCAGCACUCUAACCACCGUGCAACCGGGCAGCACACUGUGGCCCAUGGCCCCCUUUGGAGUUUCCUCACCUGCCGAACCUCCCAGGCUGCUUGGGCUUCCCAUGGGGGCACUGGAGGUUCGGAAGGACGAGGGUCGGAAAGGCGAGGGUCGGAAGGAUGAGGUUCGGAAGGAUGAGGAUCGGAAGGAUGACUCACCUGGGCCUUAUGAUGCCCUGCGGCAACAGCAGACUGUACCCCCUGUGCUGCUGGCUGCUACCAGGGCUGCACAAGUCCCUGAUGUUUCACCUGAGUCUCUGUUGCAACCUGGUGAUUCACCUGAGGAUCAGAUGCGACCUGAAGAGCAACUAGGUCGUCAGGAGGUUUCAGCAGAAGCAGCAGCUGAGGGAAGGGCUGAUGGUGUGGCAGAAGGGGGUCCUGCCACAUCAGCAGCACCUGAUUCGAUCACACCUGCCACGUCAGCGGAGCCCGACAAACCGUCCACGUCAGCAGAGCUUGGCAUGCUAUCCACGUCAGCAGCCCCAGUCACAGCUGACAUGCCAGCAGAGCUGGUUGCUGCGUGCCUGGGAGCCAAUCGCGUGCUUCGAUCGCGGAAGCAGCAGCAGCAGCAGCAGCAGGAGGAGGAGGAGGAGAAGCAGCAGCAAAGGCGCCUGGAGUAG